AUUGUGUCUGAUAGCAGGAAGGCAGAGAUACUAGCACAAACAUUUGUGGAAGUGCAUAGUAAUAAAAAUAUAUCAAAUGACAUGAUGAAGAUAAGGGAACAGAGUGUGAGGAAGAAUCCUCAUAUAUUGGAAGUUAAGGAGUCAACUGGAGAUUCAUUGGACUAUGAUUUAACUUUGUAUGAGUUAAAGAGAGCAAUUGCUGGGACAAAACAAACGUCUCCAGAUAGAACCUGGGAUAGGGAAAUCCUUAUAUGCUGAUGAUGCUGCAAUAUGGAAAAGAGGUAGGAAUGUUAAGUUUGUACAGGAAAAGGUUCAAAAUGCUGUCAACUUGAUAGAAAACUGGGCUAAUAAAUGGGGCUUUAGGAUAUCUAUGGCAAAAACACAAGUAAUUUGUUUUUCAAAAAAGAAGAAGAAUCCUAUUAUAAAUAUUAAAAUGUAUAGAGAAACAUUGGAGCAGACACUAGUUGUAAGGUUUUUAGGAGUAUGGAUGGACUCAAAAUUAAAUUUCAGAGUACAUAUACAGAAAAUAAUAGAUAAAUGUAAAAAAGUGAUAAAUAUAAUGAGAUGUCUAGCUGGAGCUGAAUGGGGAGCAUAUCGGAAAUCGCUCAAAAAUAUUUAUGUGGCACUAAUUGGAGCAACUAUAGAUUAUGGUAGCAUGGUGUAUAGUUCUGCCUCAAAAACCCAACUUGAUAAGAUUGAGAAAAUUCAAAAUCAAGCGUUAAGGAUAUGUUGUGGAGCAAUGAGAUCAUCACCAGUUUCAUCACUUAAUGUUGAGACGGGAGUAAUGCCACUAGGAAUGAGAAGGAUUAAGUUAAGAAUGAGAUACUGGGCAAACAUAAAAGGUCAAUCGGAAAAUCAUCCAGUUAAGAAUGUUUUAAGUGACUGUUGGGAAUAUAACUAUAAAAAAUUAACAAGUUUUGGGUGGUUUAUUAAUGAGGAGGCAAGAGAAAUGAUUAAGGAUGUUAAUAUUGCCAGCUGUGUGGUUCUGCCAGCAAUUCCUCCUUGGUUUUUUCCAAUGCCAUUUAUUGAUAUCCAGUUACAUAAAGACAAACAUAAUAAGGAGAAUGUCCUGGAUAGCGUAAAAAUACAAGAUUAUAUAGAUCAUAUGUAUUUUGGUGCCAUCCAGAUAUAUACGGAUGGCUCAAAAGAUCCGGAUUCUGGUAUAACAUCUGCAGCAGUAUUUAUACCUCAAUUUAAAGUUAACAUUUUGAAAAGAACAUCAGAUCACAUUUCAGUAUUUACAUCAGAAUUAAUAGCAAUUAUAUUAGCAUUACAGUGGGUCGAAGAAGUUCAACCAAUCAGUUCAGUUAUAUGCACAGAUUCUCUAUCUGCAAUUGAAAGUCUAGCAAGUGGUAUAUCUACAGCUAGACAGGACUUAAUUUAUGAAAUAUUGCAAAGUCUUUUUAGAACCAGACAAUUGGGAAUCAUUAUUAAUUUUCUUUGGAUACCGGCUCAUAUGGGGGUGGCAGGUAAUGAGGAGGUGGAUAGAUUAGUCAAACAGGCCAUUAAAUUUCAAGAAGUUGAUAUCAAGAUUGCGUUGAGUAAGACUGAGAUUAAAAGUAUAAUAGCUAAGGAAGUUAGAAAGAAAUGGCAGAAUGAGUGGGACAGUGGAAAUAAGGGUCGACAUUUAUACAACAUACAAGGAACAGUUGGUUUUGAAAGAAGAAACAUUGGAAAUAGGAGGAUGGAUGUUAUAAUUUCAAAAAUGCGCAUAGGCCAUUGUCUACUAAAUCAAAGUUUGGUCAGGAUUGGGAAACACCAGACUGGGUAUUGUGAAAAAUGUAGUUCGGAAAAUAUGGAGACAGUAGAACAUGUAUUAUUAAAAUGUGAGGCUUAUGCAAGAGAAAGAUUUAAAUUAUUUCAAGCAUUAAGAGAAAUGGAAAUGGAAGAUUUUUCUAUCAAAGCAUUAUUAGGUAAUGGCCCAAAGCAACUCAAAAUAUAUGAAGUAGUAUUUAAUUUCUUAAAAGACACUCAUUUAAGUAACAGGAUUUAGGUCACUACUACCAUAACGUUAUCCACACUCCAAUCCAGUAGGUGGCGGGAAUGCACCAUUUAAGUUUGGUUUGCCAACCGCCAUUAAACUUGAAAAGAAGAAGAA